AUAUUAUUAGAAAACAGGGGAAUUGACGAGUCCUUGACACUCACAAUAGUGCCAGAGAUCCUUGACACUCACAAUAGUGCCAGAGAUCCUUGACACUCACAACAGUGCCAGAGAUCCUCGACACUCACAAUAGUGCCAGAGAUCCUUGACACUCACAAUAGUGCCAGAGAUCCUUGACACUCACAAUAGUGCCAGAGAUCCUUGACACUCACAACAGUGCCAGAGAUCCUCGACACUCACAAUAGUGCCAGAGAUCCUUGACACUCACAACAGUGCCAGAGAUCCUUGACACUCACAAUAGUGCCAGAGAUCCUCGACACUCACAAUAGUGCCAGAGAUCCUUGACACUCAUAAUAGUGCCACAGAUCCUCGACACUCACAAUAGUGCCACAGAUCCUCGACACUCACAAUAGUGCCAGAGAUCCUCGACACUCACAAUAGUGCCACAGAUGCUCGACACUCACAAUAGUGCCACAGAUCCUCGACACUCACAAUAGUGCCACAGAUCCUCGACACUCACAAUAGUGCCACAGAUCCUCGACACUCACAAUAGUGCCACAGAUCCUCGACACUCACAAUAGUGCCACAGAUCCUCGACACUCACAAUAGUGCCAGAGAUCCUUGACACUCAUAAUAGUGCCACAGAUCCUCGACACUCACAAUAGUGCCACAGAUCCUCUACACUCACAAUAGUGCCAGAGAUCCUUGACACUCAUAAUAGUACCACAGAUCCUCGACACUCAUAAUAGUGCCAGAGAUCCUUGACACUCACAAUAGAGCCACAGAUCCUCGACACUCACAAUAGUGCCACAGAUCCUAGACACUCACAAUAGUGCCACAGAUCCUCGACACUCACAACAGUGCCACAGAUCCUUGCUCAUCAAGAAACUCUACGGACAAUUGGUGAAGAUUUUCAACACUCUCGGUUGGUGUCUCAGUGAUGUGGUGUCAGACAUUAUCACAUUUUGGACCCGAACUUAUAGUGAUGUUGAGGCUGAUGGACAUUACAGAAUUAAUAAUAAAUGCCUAACAAGAGUAAAUAUUUUCGGACAAUAUAACACAUCUGCUCCUGCAUAAGAUUAAUCAGAGCAGAAAAUAAAUUACUGAUAAACAGCUGUUACAACACCAGUAAUAAUAAUAAUAAUAAUAAUAUAUAUUAGUAAUGAAAUUCAAAUAUAGCAAAUGGGAAACUGAAAAAAGACAAUAAAAGUGACCGUUCAGAUAAAAUAAAUAAACAAAGAAACAAGGUAACAAAAAUACGUGUGAAAAUCUUUAAGACGAGGAAUAAUAAAGAAAACAAUAAAAGAUGUGAAUGAAUAAUAAUAAAAAGUGCGAAGCAACAAGUCUGGAAAGUUACUGAGGUUGAGGGAGCACCAUGAAGAAAGAAGACUCGUCCCUUUCCCCGUCCUCGUCCUCGUCAUCCUCGCUCUCCUCGUCCUCCUCGUCGACCCUCACAAUGUUGGCACGCACAGGUGGUGGCUCUCGGCGGCACCCACUCCCGCCCAGUGACUCCCAGGAUCUGGAGGAUGACCUCACUCUUACCGAAGGUGCACCCCCGGAGGAAGAGUCUCUGCCACGGUCUCCGUCGUCAGGUCGGUCGGACCGGCAAAUGGUGCGGAUGGCAGCGUGUGACCUGGAAACCCUUGAUGAUACGCCGCAGCCUGGCGGCGUCCCUGCCGUAGAGCAGCGUCCCUCCUGCGGCAGCAGCUGUUGCAGGAGGAGUAGAAGAGAGGUACAAGAGGCGGGGAGGUGGCGAGCGGUAGAAAGUCCUCAGCACCCGACGAACUAUAAGAGGGAGACUCUUCCUCGCUUCACCUUCAGCGUCCCUACACAGGGACACCCUGCCCCUGUACACAGUCAGGGACACCCUGCACCCAUACAUAACCUGGGACACCCUGCUCCUCUACACACUCAGAGGCACCCUGCAUCCUUACACAAUCACAGACAUCCUGCCCCUGUAUACACUCCCAGUGAGUGUCACACUACCAGCCAGUGUUACACUCCUAAAGACUGUCACACUCCCACGGGCUGCCUUACUCCCAAGGGGUACCAGAGUCCCAAGGGAUGCCAGAGUCCUAAAGAGUGCAGGACUCCUAAGGGAUGCCAGAGUCCUAUCAGAUGCCAGAGUCCCAUUAACUACCAGGGAUCUAAGGAUUUCAGGGACCCCGAAGAAUGGCAGGACUCCAAGGGGUGCCGAGGAAUCCAGUAUGACGUAGCGCCCUACGAUCCUCACCCCAGGGCCUUUGUGGAUGAAUCACAGAGGGAGAAGCAGGAACUACUGACCCCACACCAUGCCCUGACGCGGCGCUCAUCUUAUGGCAGUUCUCUCCAGCUUCCACCUUGGGAUCCUCGCUACUCCACAGCUCCUGCUGGUUUGCCGUUGAGUUCAGUGGCAGGAGCGACAAUGGGAGGGUCAGUUGGCAACCUGCUGGUGCUGAUGGAAACCCACCUGGCUCUCCAGAACAUUGCUAACAACAACAACCUGCAGCUCAACAACAACAACAAUAACAACAGUAGUAAUCGUUACCCCUUCGGACCGAGGAGGUGUGAGGUUCACAACAGGGACUUUUUGAGUCCUGGUGACCCGUUGUGGUGUGAUAAUCUUAGCCUACCUCAUGCUGCUCGCCUCACACGCUCACACACCAGCCUCCUCACCCCUCCCAGUCCCCCACACAUGACCCUCAGCAGGUCAUCCCGCUCCCAAGGGGACCUCUUCAGCCUCACCUGCCCCCCACCCAUCCCCGCCAAGCGCAAGUGGACCACCAUUACAGGCCUUGCUGCUAUAGGUGGGUCUCAGCCUCGUCUUGUUCAAACCACUAGUGUGCUCACCUGGUUGUGGUUUCAGGGGUUGAGUCUCAGCUCCUCUGUAUGCACAAGGCUGCACUCAAUGAAUUAUGUCUGUGUGGGGGCGCCAUUACUAAGCUUCUGACCGUACCUUUAGACUUCAAAUAUUGUCGACGUCAGCUGCAGAUUUGAAAACCUUAUUUUCUCCAUCACUGACAGUGCUAGUGAUAGCUUCACCUCUUUUAUCUUCAAAGUCAGAGUCAAGUACGCGGAAAAAUCGUAAUGAACAACUGUAAUUAAAUACAGCUGUCUAA